CAGCCGGCUCCGAGCAGGGCAGCCGGGCAGCAUGGCGGAGCCCGAGCCGCGGCAACUAUCGCUGCCCUCGGGGCUGCUGGAGCUGUGCGCGCUGCUGGGGGCUCCCCGGGGCAGUCUCCGCGGCGCGGGGCAGUUUGCCCAGAAGAGAGGAGUCAGAAGUCCUCCUGUCGACCCAGAGGUCCUGUCGGUUUUCGCGCCUCCUUUUGUCAGUAAGGAUGAGAGUCAAGCAGCCGGUGCUGACUUCACUGCUUUGUGUAAGACCAAACGGCGCUCCUUGAGGAAGAAGAGGGAGAAACACAAACCGGAGCACUGGCAUGGCCUCCCAGGGGACCCCGAGGACGUUGUCGUCCCCAACGACGUGGACCUGCUCGCCCUGCCCCAGCUCUGCUUCCCAGGAGGUGUGCGUGUGGCCUCGGAGCCAAAGGAGGACUCUGUCCACUUCCUGGUCCUGACGGACGUCUGUGGAAACAGGACCUAUGGCGUAGUUGCCCAGUACUACCGACCGCUGCAUGAUGAGUACUGCUUCCACAACGGCAAGACACGCUCGGAGUCGUCCCGGCAGAUGGUGAGCGUGGCCGGCUGCUUCGUGCCCUUUGCCGUGUGUGUUGUCUCCCGAUACCCAUAUUACAACGCCCUCAAAGACUGCCUCUCCUGUUUACUGACCCAGCUGAAGCUCUGUCAAGAUUUCGAAGUUGACAAUCAUAUAAAAGAAUUUGCCGCAAAGCUCUCUCUAAUACCUAGCCCACCACCGGGACCGCUCCAUCUGGUAUUUAACAUGGAACCACUGCAGAUUGUAUUUCCUUCACGAGUGGAUCCUGAAAGCCCCAUCAUAGACUUGGACCUUCACCUGCCCUUAUUGUGCUUCAGACCUGAGACGGUGUUACAGGUCCUCACAUGCAUGCUCACUGAGCAGCGGAUGGUGUUCUUCUCCUGUGACUGGGCCCUGCUGACACUUGUGGCUGAGUGCUUCCUGGUCUACCUCCACCCCCUGCACUGGCAGCACACCUUCGUGCCCAUCCUGUCGGGCCAGAUGCUGGACUUUGUCAUGGCGCCCACCUCCUUCCUCAUGGGCUGCCACCUCGACCACUUUGAAGAAGUCAGCAAGGAAGCCGACGGUUUGGUUCUGAUAAAUAUCGACAACGGAAGCAUCACCUGCUCCACGUCCUCCGGUGACGGCAUGGACAUUCCCGACGUCCCUCUGCUGGCCGCCCAGACGUUCAUUCAGAGCAUCCAGAGCCUUCAGCUGCACCAGGAGCUGGAUCUCGCUCACUGCAGUUCCAGCACGGAUCUGAACGAGGGCCAGGGCCGUCGGCGCGCGUGGCAGCAGAAACUGAACGGCCAGAUCCAGCAGGUCACUCUCCAGCUUCUUGUCGACAUCUUCAGGGAGGUGAAGAAUCAUUUAAACUACGAACAUCGAGUAUUUAACAGUGAAGAAUUUCUCAAGACGAGAGCUGCAGGGGAUCACGAGUUUUACAAACAGGUUUUAGAUACCUACAUGUUUCACUCUUUCCUGAAAGCCCGGCUCAGCAGGAGAAUGGACGCCUUUGCGCAAAUGGAGCUCAGCACGCAGUCAGAGGAAGACAGGAUAAAUGGGAUGCUUAUCAGUCCCAGAAGACUGACCGUCGAGAAGAUGGCUUUGCAGAGGUCCUCCCUGCAGAAGGCGGCUCAGAGGCGGAUGGUGGUCAGCAUGCCAGACCUCCAGGACAUCACAGUUGUCGAGGUGCAACCCAGAAAGUCCUCGCUCCGCCAGGUCGACGCUGUGAGCUGUAAAGGCUGCAGCAGAGCUGAGGAUGUGGCCCCUAAAUCAAUCUAUACAUUCGAGAUUCCAGAAGUACACUUUCCGCUGGUGACUCAGUGUGUACAAACUUACUACGCUGACUUUGUCGACCUCCUGAGCAAAGCCAUGAGCUUUCUGGGCCCCGACAACUCGGUGCUUCUGGCCUGCUACUUCUACCUCCGCGGAUUCAUUCACUUGGUGCAAGGCAAGCUGCUGUACGCCCUCCUGGACUUCCAGAAUCUAUACAAGACUGACAUAAGGAUUUUCCCCGCCGACCUUGUCAAGAGGACUGUGGCGUUGAUGUCUGCCCCCGAGCUUGCCCAGGUCGAGCGGACCCCCGAGCUGAAAAGGCUCAUCAAGGAAGUUGUGGACAAGCCCAGGGAGGUGGCCAAGGCUGACGACCACGUGAAGAACUUCGAGCUCCCCAAGAAACACAUGCAGCUGGAUGACUUCGUGAAGAGGGUUCAGGAGUCAGGGAUCGUGAAGGACACCCACAUCAUACACCGCCUGUUUGACGCAUUGACUGUAGGGCACCAGAAACAGAUCGACCCGGAAACCUUCAGGGAUUUCUACAAUUGCUGGAAGGAGGCGGAGGUGGAGGCGCAGGAGGUCAGCCUGCCUUCAUCGGUGAUGGAGCACCUGGAUAAAAACGAGUGUGUCUACAAGCUGUCGAGCUCUGUCAAGACAAACCAUGGCGUUGGCAAGAUUGCCAUGACCCAGAAGCGUCUAUUCCUUCUCACGGAAGGGAGACCUGGUUAUGUGGAGAUCUCCACCUUCAGAAACAUUGAGGAAGUCAGAAGUACCACAGUAGCUUUCCUGCUCCUGAGAAUUCCCACUUUGAAAAUUAAAAUGGUGUCCAAAAAAGAAGUCUUUGAAGCUAACCUUAAAACCGAGUGUGACCUUUGGCAACUGAUGGUGAAGGAGAUGUGGGCUGGAAAGAAGCUGGCGGACGACCACAAGGACCCUCAGUACAUCCAGCAGGCGCUGACAAACGUGCUGCUGAUGGACGCUGUCGUCGGCACGCUGCAGUCCUCCAACGCCAUCUACGCCGCCUCCAAGUUGUCUUAUUUUGAUAAGAUGAAGAAUGAAAUGUCUGUCCCGAUAACCACCUCAGAAGCACUGAAGCACAAAAUCAACCCUUCAGCUGGAGAAACUUCACCACAAGCCAUUGACGUCUUGUUGUACACGCCAGGGCAUCUUGACCCAGCAGAAAAAACUGCAGACGCUCACCCCAAAUUAUGGUGUGCUUUGAGUGAAGGCAAGGUGGUUGUGUUCGAUGCCUCCUCGUGGACGGUCCACCAGCACUGCUUCAAAGUGGGCGCGUCUAAACUGAACUGCAUGGUGAUGGCCGAGCAGAGCCAGGUGUGGAUCGGCUCUGAAGACUCGGUCAUCUAUAUCAUCAACGUCCACAGCAUGUCCUGCAACAAGCAGCUGACCGACCACCGCACCAGUGUCGUGGACUUGAUUGUGCAGGAUGGAGAGAAGACGCCCAGCGAGGUGUACUCGUGCAGCCGGGACGGGAUGGUGCUGGCGUGGAACGUGAGCACGCUGCGGGUCACCAGCAGGUUCCAGCUGCCGGGCCACACCCUGACGUCUGCCAGACUCCACCAGGGCCGCCUGUGGUGCUGUACAGGUAACAGCAUCGUGGUGGUGACAACCAAUGGGUUUCUUCGUCAAGAACUGAAAAUUGUUGAGAGCUUUUACAAUAAGAGCACCUCCUUCCUGGGCUUCCAGCUGAUUCCCGAGGAGGAGCAGCUCUGGGCUGCCAGUGCAGAGUAUAGCGAGGUCUACAUCUGGAGCCUGCAGGACCUCACCCAGCCCCCCCAGAGGGUCCCCCUGCAGGACUGCACUGAGGUCAGCUGCAUGAUCAGGGUCAAGAGGCAGAUCUGGGUGGGCGGCAAGGGGCUGUCGCAGGGACAACUCAAAGGGAAAGUCUACGUGAUCAACACCGAGAGGAAGACUGUGGACAAGGAGCUGGUGGCCCACACAGACACGGUGACAACUCUGUGCUCAGCCGAAGACCGAUACGUGCUGAGCGGCUCUGGCGGGGAGGAGGGCAAGAUCGCCAUCUGGAAAGUCGAGUGAACAUGGACACAUACUAAACAGUGGGUUUCUGGUGGCCCUGGGUACACUGUGGAGAGCCCAGGAGCCCCAAGGCCUUACACGGAUUUGUCUCCAGAGAGCCUUCUGAGAAGCAGGAAGGGGCAUCUUAGGAGAAGCACUUUGGGGUGGAACAGGCUUGCGGCUGCCCCUUCUUGGAGAAUGUGGCCACAGCUGCCCAGAGGAAGGGGACAGUCCUACAGUCAGACUGCGAGGACAGGGGCUGGGCGGGUGGGGCACGCUGUUUUUUCUAGUUUAUGCAGCAUGUUUAUAAUGAAACCUGGAGAGACUUUUUUAUCCCAGUCAUCUUCAAAAGGCAAAAACCCCAUCGAACAGCCCGAUGUUACCUAGUUUGCCAGUACAGCCGCUGCCAGGGAUACUCACUGGCCCAAUGUUCGCAUACAUUUCAACGCCCCCAUGUCCUGUAGACACAGGGUGGUGCUUUGUUAUUUAAACCGAGAAAGAUCUUAGCUCUUCACAACUAUGUGUUUGAGAAAAGGCCUUCUGCACAUUUUUGUUACGCUAUCGAGACUUGUUCCUGAAGUGUCCUGUAAGGCAGACUCUGGUGCGGGUGUUGGCCGUGGAAGGAAACACUCGCCAGUGAGCACCCUCUGAGGGUGCGUGGCUGGCCUGCCUGUGGACAUACACAUGCUCAGCCACCCUGGGUCUCAGGCUUCUGACAGCCGCAAUGCCAGUCCACCCUUGCCCUGGGUGCUCUCUGAGGACAUUGUCCAGCCCUGAAAAAGGCUGGGCUUAAGACGGGUUUGCAGUGCCUGCAGAAGGAAAACGUUGGCCCUGGCCUCAGGUUUGGUCCACAAGACCCAAGCAUUUUGGAAGACCUAGAUCACUGAUUGGUAUUGGUUUUGGGUUGCUGUUAGCUCCUUGGGACGUUCUGGGAAUGUGGGGCAGAGAAAGGUUAGCGGCCUGACCCUGCCCUGGUGUCUGCAUUCUGUGGGGGCGGGGGGGGGGUGCCUGGCCAGCACCAGAGAGCAAGAGGUUGAGAUUUGUUUCUGUAAAAUUGAAAAGCGACAGUGACGGCCUGUCAGAAAUAUAUUUGUAAACUAAUGUCAGUGCACGUGUAACGAGGUUUUAAGCACGUUGAUAAUAAAUCCUUUUAUUUAAUACAUGAUGAUGUCCAUGUCCUUCCUUCACCCAACAGGGACUGGUGGAAGAGGUCUUCAGAGUACUCCAGGCCACUUUGAACUUGCUCUUAAUUCACCCUGAGCUUAGGCAGGGUGUCUCCACAGAGCGUUUUUGUUUCCUUUACUCUUGGUGGAUUUUCCACGCUCUUAGUAGACGGCCGUCACAUCUGAAACAAGCAGUGCAGAGAAGGUGGAGGAUGACUUCUUUGCACGGCAGGGAGAUGCAGGUGGAUGCCAUCAUUUCUUGUGGUGAUGCCAGCAGGCCCCCAGGAGGCAAGGCUGCGGCUCACAGAGACAUGAGAGCUGGUCCCACGCCCGCACGGCUGCGGCAGAGCCCAGUGGGACCCUGGCCCUGUGCAGGACUCAGGACCCUGGGCGAGGCAGGUGGGCCAGGGCCUGACCCGGGCCUAGCUGGUGACCUGAGCUGUCUGUAAAAUGGGGGAUAUUCCUUCAUGCAGGGAUUGAGUGAGAGGGCUCUUGUUAUACACAGCCGGGCACCCAGGGACGGGUUAGAGAGUGUCCAUUCCAGGCUGCUUGCUGGACUCUUGUGCAAGUGUUGAGAGAGACUGGAAAUGCAAAUGAGACAGCUACUGUAGUGGGUUAAAUUGUUGUUAGUUGCCACGGGGACAGCUCUGACUCAGAGACCCCACGUAAAACAGGACGAAAUGUUGCCCAGUCCUGCGCCAUCUUCAAGAUCAUUACUGCGCUCGAGUCCUCUGUUGCAGCUAUCGUGUAGUGCCUUCCAACCUAGGGGGCUCAUCUUCCAGCACUGCACUGGACAGUAUUCUCUUGUGAGCCAUACAGUUUUCACUGACUAAUUUUUGGAAGCAGAUCACAGGCAUUUUUUCCUAGUCUGUCUUGUCCGGAAGCUCUGCUGAAACCUGUCCAAUAUGGGUGAUCCUGCUGGUACUUGAAAUACCAGUGACAUAGCUUCACUUCAUCCUGGCAACACUCAAGCCACCAGUCCUACAAACUGACCGACAGGUGGUGGGGUGAGCUAAACAGUGGCCCCAACAAAGGCAAGUCCAAGUCCAGCCCCUGGAACUUGUGACUGUGACCUUAUGUAGAAAAUGGUCUUUGCAGAUGUAACUAAGGAUCUUGAUAUGAGAUCCUCCUGGAUUUAGGGUGGGCCAAGUGACAAAUGUCUCCAUAGAGAAGACGUGGCUAGACACAGGGAGAAGGACACGUGAAGACAGAGACUGGAGUGCUGCUGCCACAAGCCAAGGAAUGCCUGGGGCCACCAGAAGCUACAAAGAGUCAAAAAAGGUUCUCUAGAGCCUUCAGAGAGAGUGAGGCCCGUCAACACCUUCAUUUUGGACUUCUGGCCUCCAGCGGUAUUAGAGAAUAAAUUUCUUCUGUAUGAAGCCCCCAGUUUGUGGUAAUGUGUCACGGCAGCCCAGGAAACUGACACUGUGACUGUCUACAGAAUGCCAGCUCCGAGUCAGGUGCCACACCAACACUCUAAAUGCACUCUGUGUUUAAUCCUCAGGAAGCCCCAUGAGAUGGCAAGUGUUAUCCCCCGUUUACACAUGAGGACAUUGGCUUGACACCUGAGAGCAAAGGGGAAGAGGUGGUGGGGCUUCGUGCUCCUCAUUCCCAAGGAGUGAGGGGUGGCUUUCCCAGCCACCAGUGUCCUGUCAUGGAACAAGGUGGUAGGAGGAGGCAGCUAAGGUUAGCUGCCCCUGCCUGGUUCAAGGAGGACCCUCAGGUGAGGUGAGCCCACCUCACUGUGCCAUCAGACAGCUCUUCCUUUUCCCUGGCUAUCAAGAGGGCACAUUCUUCGGCCACAGACUCUGCUGGGUGUAGUGGUGGUCAGCAGGGACUGGGGGGCCACAGCUGAGUGCAGGGAUUGAUGGGAGGUCCAAAUGAGAUAAAGUAUGACAGAGUGUAGUUAGUCGAGCUGGGGCACCACUUGCCAUCUCCACAUGGAUAGCUACAAAAUUAAGUGCUACAACAUUUUGGUUUUACCAAAAGGCAGGCAGGAAAGGAGGGACAGAGGAGAAAAACACAGAUGUGACAAAUAGAAAAUGAGUAGUAAGGUGGCAGACUUAAACCUAACCAUAUGGAUAGUUAUAUUAAGUGUAAAUGGACUAAAGACUCCAAUUAGAAGGCAGAGAAUGUCAAACUGGAUUAAAAAAUAAUACCCAAUUAUAUGUCCUCUAUAGUAGAUGAAGUUUAAAUAUAAAAAAACACAGAUGGGGUAAGAGUAAAAGGAUAAAAAGAUGUAUCAUGCAAACAGUAAGCAUAAAAAAAAGCUGCUAUGGCUAUAUUAAUAUCGGACUUCAAGUAUAAGAAAUAAACAGGGACAACAAAGUCCAUCAAGAAGGCACAGUAAUCCUAAAUGUAUAUACACUUAAUAAUAGAGAUUCAAAAAUACAUGUGGCAAACGUGGCAGAACUAUAGGGGAAAAUAGGCAAAUCCACAAUUAUAGUUAGAGAUUUUGACACGCUCUCAGUAACUGACAGAACCAGUAAACAAAAAAUUAGCAAGGAGAUAGAAGAUUUAACAACACUAUCAACCAACUUAACCUAACUGACAUGAUUGAACACUAUACCCAACAACAGCAGAAUACAUAUUCAAGUGCAUACGGAAUGUUCACGAAGCUAGGCCAUAUCCCUGACCAGGAAAUAGUAACAAAACAUUUGAAAACAAUAAAAUCUUACAGGAUAUGUUCUCUGACCACAACGAAAUUAGAAAUUGCCAGCAGUAACCGACCUGAAUCUACAGAUACAAUGUAAUCCUGAUCCAGAUUCCAAGAGCAUUCUUUAAUGAAAUGGAGAAAUAAAUCACCCACUGUAUAUGGAAAGGAAGAGAUCCUGGAUAAGCUUUACUGAAGAAGAAAAAGUGUGAGGCUCACACCACCUGAUUUUAGAAACUAUUAUACAGGCACAGUAGUCAAAACAGCCUGGAACUGGUACAACAGACACACAGACCAAUGGAACAGAAUUGAGAACCCAGAUGUAAAUCCAUCCGUGAGCAUGUGAUAUUUGGCAAAGGGCCAAAAUUCAUUAAAUGGGGAAAAGACAGUCCCUUUAACAAAUGAUGCUGGAAUAUUUGGAUGUCCAUCUGUAAAAAAAAAAAACCAAGAUCCAUACUUAUACCAUACACAAAAACUAACUCAAGAUGGAUCACAGAUCUAAAUAUAAAAUCUAAAACGAUAAAAAUCAUGGAAGAAAAACAGGCACAAUGCUAGGAGCCCUAAUACAUGGCAUAAAUACUAUACAAACCAUAACUAACAAUGCACAAAUACCAGAAGAUAAACUAGAUAACUGGGAGCUCCUAAAUAAUUAAACGCUUAUGCUCAUCAAAAGACUUCACCAAAAACAUUUUUAACUAAAUGAUAAUCAAAACACAAUAUAUGAAAAGAGUAAAAAGAGAACCUACAGACUGGCAAAAAAAAUUCUGGCUAUGACAUAUGUGAAAAGGGUCUAAUCUCUAAAACCUACAAAACACUUCAAUGUCUCAAUAACAAAAAGACAAUCCAGUUUAAAAAUGGGCAAAGGAUAUGGAUAGACAAUUUGCCAAAGAUCAUAUUCUAACAGCUAACAGACACAUGGGGAAAUGCUAAAGAUCAUUAGCCAUUAGAGAAAUGCAAAUCAAAACUACAAUGAGCUGUCAUCUAACCCCUACAAUACCGUUACUAAUCAGAAAAAUACAAAAUAAAUGUUGGAGAGGUUUCAGGGAGAUUGGAACUCUUAUGCACUGCUGGUGGGAAUGUAAAAUGGUACAACCACUAUGGGAAACGAUAUGGCGCUUCCAUAAAAAGCUAGAAAUAUUGUAUGAUCCAGCAGUCCCACUCCUAGGAAUAUAACCUAGAGAAAUAAGAGCCAUCACACAAAGGGACAUACGCAUACCCAUGUCCACUGCAGCACUAUUCACAAUAGCAAAAACAUGGAAACCUAAAUGCCCACCAAUGGAUGAAUGGAUAAACAAAUUAUGGUACAGACACACAAUGGAAUACUAUGCAACAAUAAAAAACAACGAUGAAUCCAUGAAACAUCUCACAACACGGAUAAAUCUGGAGGACAUUAUGGUGAGUAAAAUAAAUCAGUCACAAGAGGACAAAUAUUAUAUGAGACCACAAUUAUAAAAACUCAAGAAAAGGUUUACACACAGAAAAGAACAUUCCUU